AUGGUGCGUUGGUCUGUGCUGGGCUCCUGGACGGCGCUGCGCCUGACCAGCAUGGAGCUGGUGGGGCUCUCCUGCGGCCCCCCAGACGCGGGCGCGCUGGCCGCCAUGCUGGGCGCCGGCUGCGGAGCGACGCUGCAGCGGCUCGUGCUGGGCGACGCGCGGACGCUGUCGUUUGUCCCGGAUCUCGCCGUCGCCGCCGCCCUCCGCGCCUGCUCGCCUUCCGCGCUGCGCCACCUGGACCUGUCCGGCUGCCUGGAGGUGACUGAUGCGGGCCUGGCGCCCGUGGCGGCGCUGGCGGCGCUGCGGGAGCUGGUGCUGCACAACUGCAUGAAGAUUGCGGCCGGCGCGGUGGAGGCCGUCUCCCGGUUGCCCGCGCUCCGCGCCCUGAGCCUGCGCGGCUGCAGCCAGCUGGGGGACCACCACAUUGCGGCGCUGCUCAGGGGGGCGGCCGCGCUGGAGGAGCUCUCACUGCAAACCUGCAACGGCAUCACGGGCUCCUGCCUGGCGUCCCUGCCGUCCCGCGCGCCCCGCCUGGCGGACCUGAACCUGUCCCACUGCAUGCGCCUCGAGGAGCGCCACCUGCACCACCUCUCGCGCCUGCCCGCGCUGCGCCGCCUCGACCUGGCCGGCUGCAUGGCGCCCGGCGCGCAGGGCCUAGCCUGCCUCGCCGCGCUGUCUGCGCUCACGGCCCUCGGCGCCGCGGGCUGGACGCAGCGCGGCCCCGCCGCGGCGCAGCGGCACGCGGCGCAACAGCAGCACGCGGCAGCGGCCGCUCCCGGCGCGCAGCCGCCGCAGCGCGGCGAGGGCGGCGCGCCGGGGCCCUCGGCGCAUGCAGGGGCGGACACCCCUUCGUCCGCAGCGAGCUCGGGCAGCUACCAGGCGGACGCGUGGCAGCUGCCGCCGCAGGUGCAGCGUCUGGACAUGCGCGGCGCGAGCCUGACGCGCGGCGCGAUGCGGCGGCUGCUGCGCAGCCUCCCGCCGGUGCUGCAGCACCUUGACCUGUCGCAGUGCCAGAUAGUUCCAGAGGACAGCGGCUGGGGCAUCGGCAGCGGCGGCGGCGGCAGCGGUGACGGCGGCGGCAGGGGCGUGAGCCAGCUUCUCGGCGGACGCUCGGCGCAGGCGGCGGGGCGGGGCGGGGCCUGGACCGGGGAUGUGCUUCCGCAGGGGCCGCCAGGGGACCAGCAGCAGCAGAUGAGUGGGGCGGACCUGCGGCCGCUGUCGGCGCUGACAGCGCUGACCGCGCUGUUCGUCAGCGGCGUCGGCGUCGGCGCAGCGGCGGCGGCCGCGCCGCGCGGCGGCUGCGCUGAGGCGUCCGCCUUUGCCAGGAUACUCGGCCGAGACUGCGGCGGCGGUGGCGGCGGCGGCGGCAGCGGCGGCAGCGGCGCCCCUGCUGCCUGCAGCUGGCCGGGCCCCUUCCAGGGGAUGGCCGGCCUGGGCGCGCAGGGGCGGACGGCGGGGGCGCGGCGUUUGGCGGGGUUGAUGGCUGGCCGGGCGCCGUCGGCGGCGGCGGCGCGCUCGGAUGCAGCUGCGGAGGCUGGGGCGGCGCGGGCGGCGAUGUCGUGCUCCGGUUCGGCGCUGCCGCCGCCGCCAUGGGCGCGCUGA